AUGAGGACCAGCCCUCGCAGGCCCUUAAUUCUCAAAAGACGGAAACUGACUCUCCCACAGAAAGAUGCAUACAGCACUUCAGCAAGAGAUGAGCCCAGUGGUCAGGGUAAAAAGACUCCUAAGCAGGAGUCAAGCCAAGGGAACCAACACAGCAACCAACCCAAACACAAAGUGGACUGUGUCCUGCAGAAAUUCCCAGCAGGAAUAAAGAUCAUCAACCAUCCUACUAUGCCCAACACACAGGUGGUGGCCAUCCCUACAAGUGCUGAUAUCCAGAGCAUCAUCGAGGCACUGACAACGAAAGGAAAAGAAUGUGGCAGCAACGGGCCCAACAAAUUCAUUCUCAUUAGCAGUGGAGGCAGCUCUCGUUCAGCAGAUCCAGCAGCAUCACAGCAUCUACCAUCAGAAGAGAAAGCCAGUACAGCACCCAGUGAGGCAGAUGGAUGGGAAAGAGAGAAGAAUGUUAUCCAGACCAGCGGUUUUGCAGGAGGGACAACACUCUGGCACUCAGGAAUUGAUUCCAUGGCUGGGCAGGAACAGGAAGGAAACAGCAGCAGUGAGGCAACUAGCUCUGUAUUGGAUAAUAGUCUCACUAACAUCCAGUGGCUGGGGAAGAUGAGAUCUGAUGGGCUAAGUCCAUGUUCUGUGAAGCAGAAAACAGAGAAAGAGAACCGGAUACCUCUGCAGGAAAGAAUCAAGACUGAAGAAGAUUCUGCUGCUACUGUUCCUACCUCUUCCCCUUCGUCCUCCUGGCAGGAUUCAGUAUCAGAACGACCCCCUUACUCCUACAUGGCCAUGAUCCAGUUUGCCAUCAACAGCACCGAGAAGAAGCGUAUGACUCUGAAGGACAUCUAUACUUGGAUUGAAGAUCAUUUCCCUUAUUUUAAACAUGUGGCUAAGCCAGGCUGGAAGAACUCUAUUCGGCACAACCUGUCCCUUCAUGAUAUGUUUGUUCGUGAAACAUCUGCUAAUGGUAAAAUCUCCUUUUGGACUAUUCACCCUGAUGCCAACCGUUGCCUGACAUUGGACCAGGUGUUUAAGCCGCUGGACUUGGAGCCACCAACAUCGCCUGAACACUCUGAAUCCCAGCAAAAGCGACAUGUUCAAGAUUCCCAGAAAAACAUGGGAAGCAACAGCAGCAGCAAAACUGAACCUCAUAAUGCACGCCGAAAGAUGAAGCCUUUACUUCCUCGCAUCAACUCCUACCUGGUUCCAAUCCAGUUCCCUUUGAGUCAGCCUCUUGUCUUGCAGCCUUCUGUGAAGGUCCCUGUAUCCAUGGCACAAGGGACAUCUCUGAACAGCUCGGAGACUGUCCGGAGCAAUAAGCGUGUGCGCAUUGCUCCAAAGAUGUCACUCUCUACUGAAGAGUCAUCCUCUUUAACAAUGACUGCUGUCAAGGAGGAGAGUCAAUGUGAUGAAAGUUUAUUUGCCCCAACCCAUUCUCUAAAGAAGAGCAACUCCCAGCCUGGUGAGGAAUCACCUUCUUUCCCUGAGGCCCUCUGUAUAAAGGAGGAGGAAGGCUCCCAACCGGAUGACUGGCUGUCCCCAUUCACCUCAACGUUACCUAUAAAGGAAGAGCCAGGCUUGUUCCUCCCAGUCUUAGCCACAAAGCAGAAGAAACACUUCACCAUAUUGAAGUCCCCAUCUAAGGGUGUUUCUGACACAUUAGUUAUAAAGAGACGGGAAAGGCGGGAAAUGGGCAGAUCCAGAAGGAAACAGCGCCUGGCACAGCCUUGUUCAGAAGAGCCAGUCCUUGUUUUGCCAGAGGGCAAUGGCUUUGACUCUUUACAAUUAGGGCCAGAUCUUCCCUUCCUGCAGGAAAGCCAGACUCUAGAGAGUGUAUCACAGCUCAGCUGCUCCCAGGAGGAAGAGGGGCCCUUUAAAACACCAGUCAAGGAAAUGUUCAGCAAGUUGCCUGUUUCUUCCACCCCCAGCAAAGUCCCGGCUGUUACUACCCCACCAGCAUGCCUGGAUCCCUGGAAAUCUGCACCAUUAGCCAAGGAAAGUAAUGAACUGGACUUCAGUCCAGUGAGAACCCUUCAGCUGCCAUUCACACCUCUCCAGGAGAACCAGGACUUGCUGGGUUUUAACAGCACUCCUCUUAAAAAUUCCCUCUUUGUCUCUCCUCGGGAACUGCUUAAUACAGAAUCCAGUGAAAUGGUGCCUGGCCCGCUUACAAGCUCUCCAACUUUCAUUCAUGAAUCUAUUAAGCAAUCAUCUGUUGAACUGCCAGCCUCUGGCCUUACUGAAAACCGGUCGCUCAUGGAGGGCCUGAUCCUGGACACAAUGAAUGACAGUCUGAGCAAAAUCCUCCUGGAUAUCAGCUUUCCUGGUCUUGAGGAUGAAAACCUAGGAACAGACAUUAGUUGGUCUCAGCUCAUACCUGAACUGAAGUAA